AUGUUCACUGAACAUGAUGAACGGUCGCUAGGUCAAACAAUUGAAGAUGAGUGCCCAAACGAUGCAGAAAGGAACUUUUCAUCGGACAGUGAUGUACACGUCACACGUGAGGACCAAAGCAAGAUCAACAAGUUUGCGAGACUCAACGCCAAACUGCAGGACCUUCAGGAUGAAAUCAAAGACAAAGAGAACCUGAUGAAGAACCUGGACGACGCGAGUGACGAGCUGCUGAUGGUGGAUGACGAGGAGGAGCCGGUGCCGUUCAUGGUGGCGGACGUCUUCUUCCACACACCGCUCGAGGAGACCAAGGCGAAGCUGGAGACGCUGAAGGACGAGCUGACACGGCAGAUGGAGGAGCUGAACAGCAAGGGCAGCCGCUUCAAGGAGGAGAUGGCGUUGCUGAAGCGCGACCUCUACGCCAAGUUCGGCGACAACAUCAACCUGGAGCCGGACGAAGACUAGGCGUCAAUCGAGCUGUCAUCCGCGGGUGGGGUUAGGGUGAUCCACUGAGACUGUGUGUGGGAUGAGCGCAGGCGUGACCGAGUGGCAGUGUUCGUGUCCAGUAAUCAUUGCCGUCUGUGUGAGACUGGACUGGACUGUCUAACCGCUCAGAGUUUGUAAUGAGAGCUGCUCUGUCGGAAGCUGCCUGGGAGUGCGUUUGUGCGCCGUUUGUGCGUUUGUGAAAGGUUCAGUUGGUGUGUAUUUGAAAGGUUCAGUUGACUCUAACAUGUGGUUAACAUAUGGUCAUUGUUUGGAUAACACGUGUAUGCGAUGGUGGUCGAUACAGCAUCAAAUUGUCAUAAAAAAAUAAUAGCUUUCAGGCAUUGGGGAGUCUGUUACAGAUUUUAUAACUCUUUGUUGACCAUUUGACGUAGUUCUCUGCGAGUUUUGUUGGUUGAGUUUCCGUUGCGCUUAAUUUCUUACCAGUCAUUUAACAUCCGCCACCUCACUAUAUGUCCUCACGGUACUCGUGGCACGUACCAGUGUCCAUUUUGCCGACUUUGUUGUGACGCUCGCGUAAAUUAUGCUGUCUGUGGAUUUGUAACAUAUUGAUAAAGGUAAACUAAUUUGA